AUGUUUGAGUGUCCAAUAUGUUUAAUAACUUAUGAUAACAAUCAAGCCUUUACAUUUCCUUCCUGUUUUCACACUUUCUGUAAGAAUUGUUUAAAAUUAAAUUUUGAAAAUAAAAUAAAGGAACAAAAUAUAAGUUUAGAUACUUUUAAAUGUCCUGGAUGUGAAAAGCUUUUCGAUUAAAGUUUGAUUUAGAAUUUUGUUUCAGAAUAAAUAUUCAAGAAAUAUUGUGAACUAAGUAUAGAAAUGAAUCAAAUUUUUGGUUUAGAAGAAAAUGAAAUAUUAACUAAUUGUUUAAACGAGACUUGUAGAGAGAAAUAUAUAAUUUGGAAAAAUGCAGGUAUUAUAUAAUUAUUAGAUUUAGAAUAUUAAAAUUGUAUUAAAUGUAAAAUGUAAUAUUGUCGUUUAUGUUUCUUACCAUAACACAAGAAUGAAAGAACUUGUGAAGAAUAAAAAAUAAUGUAUUAGGACAAAGUUUAUUAAGAUUUAAAGGUUCUUUUAAAAGCAAGCAGAUGUCCUAAAUGUAGGGUAAUGGUAGAAAAGGUAGCAGGUUGUAAUUUUAUGACCUGUAGAUGUGGUACUAAUUUUUGUAAUAUAUGUGAUAUUUAACUUGAGAAACAAGUAAUAAUGUAUAUAUAUUAAAAUAAGGAUCAUUAUUCUCAUUUUGAAGGAAAUAGUCCUUUUAAUAAUAAAUGCAAAAUAAAAGUGAAUGGAUAAUGGGUUACAAGACCAGUAGUGAAAGAAGUUUAAAAGGUUGAAAUCAAAAAAGUAAUUUAAGCAGAAGUAAAAGCUGUUAAUCAUAUACCAUGUCCAAAUUGUAACUCAACUAAUCCUAAGAUUACUUAACUUUAACUUUUUGAUAUAAUUGUUCAUUGUAACAGUGUAAAAUGCUAAAAUAGAGCAUAUUGUUUAACAUGUAAGAAAAUGGUUCCUCAUUAAUAAAUAUUAAAUCACUAUACAAAUACAUUAGAAUGCAAAUUUAAAUGA